AUGCGUGAUAGUCAGGAUGCCUCGUAUCACCAUUCUUCUGGGAGACAUGCCUCCAGUGUUCACCACCAACGAGAGAGCGAUCGUUAUUACGACCCCGCCCAGACCCGGCCGAGUGGCCAGAUUGGUUCGCCAGGAAGUGCAAGAAGACGGUCACUACUCUUGAAUUCUCCCCAAGCCGCAAUCUCUCAAUCGCCGAGCGGCAGCCGUCCGCUGCGGAUCCAGCCCGAAGGAUCGUCGUAUCAUCAUCGAAGCUAUUCCCGACAUGAUGAGAAUCGUGAUGCCGAGCUUACUUCCGCUUUUGGCCGUUUCGGAUUAACCGAACAAGACGAAGUUUACAACCACCAGGGCCAUCCCUUCAACUCCGGGGAAGUGGACGAGUGUGACAAAUAUAACCCAUUAGUCUUACAUCACGCCAGACGACAAUCCAUCAUUCAACCUCAUGCUUUGUCCAGCUGGAACAACGGCCACACGUCACCAAGAAUGCCAGACGAUCACAGACAUGACCAAGGCGCUCAUCAUCUCAGCGAGCCUCCUCAGCGCAAACAGGGCCUCCGCUACCACCAGGGCUCGUGGCAGAUGACAGGUAAAUCUGGCGCGGUUAUUCCAAAGGGUACCACCAGCCCAGCAUCUACCACCACGUCAAAAACAUCGGCACAUGCGAUCAUUUCACCAAGUUCAUCUCGUUCCUCAAGCUCGAGCACAGUUAUUUCACCUCUAUCACCGAGAUUUUCAAGGGAUGGCAGAGGUUUCCAUGAGAGUCAGUAUGGUGAAGCGCACGAGAGCCAGCAGGGCAGUUCGACCAACGGCCGAAAGUCGUUCCCUGCAGAGUCCUCCUCAACCCAUCCAGAUUCGGCGUCCCGAAGAAGAUCGUGCACUGUGGCCUCAACCCCGACGCUGCUCAACAGCAUCUUCCAACGGGUCCGAAGCCCACAGGAUUGUCUACCUCUCGGGAUGCGCUCGCCAUUAUCGCUAACGGAUGACGACCUCAAGACCUUUGGGAUGUCGGACUCUCAGCUGGUCAAGCAUCAAACCAAGCAGGAUUGGGACCAUCGUCGAGCCGAUCGACCGACAUCCAUGGCCUCCAUCCCGCUCAGCCAUCCGUCCACAUCCAGUCUGGGCACGGGCGACAGUGCGCCGAAUGGCUACCGCGACGGGCGCCGGGGAAGCCAUGGUACGGAGGAGGGCUACCAAGGCCGGGAGAAUUUCCGCGGACGGUUUAUCCGUCAGGUGACGUUCAGCUUGGACGAGAGUCACAAGAGUGGUCGCCAAGCGAUCCUCGUCCUCCGCCAGCUCACCAACGGACUCACCUCGACCGUCCAGAAGCCCGCUACUUCACCCGUCCAUCCCUCCCGUGCUUCCCCUCCGAACAUCCCUAUCCCAAGAAUCUCUCAUCGUUUCCCCGAACAUUCUAUCCCUACAACCGUCAUCGUCAAUGGCCGCCCUCAAACCGUUCUCAUCCAGAAAAUCAUCCCUAGCGUCGUCAUCGAUUGGUCUGACGGUGUUCGUGAUCAAUUCGAUCCCACCGGUAUGAGCUUACAGGAAAUCCUCGAUCGCUGCCACUUCCAUUCUUCGACUUGA